AUGGCGUUUCUUGAUAACAUAACGCAGUAUGUUAGUGCAAUGAAGAAGUAUAACUACACACUCAGAAUAGCGUUGGCUUGCAUGCCUCUGCUGCUGCUUGGCACCAAGAAGUCAAACACAAUUACAUCGAAAGAGACAGUCGAAGAGUAUCUGAAUGCAAAAAACAGUGUUGAGAUUCCAGAGUCGUGUGACUUUGAGUCAUUCGAUGCAUCCAGGCGCUUUGUUCUCAACAAUCUCCCGCCAAGACAGACACUGAGGAUCCAAGCGCAUCUAGAACACGAAAAAAACUACUGCCAGGUCGUGUCUGCAUUGAAAGCCAUGGAAAUCAGAAAUAUAAACGUGAUAGUUGACUUUAACAUGCCUGAUGAAAGAUGCGAAUACCUGUUUGAUGUUGACCUUAGGUUUUCAAAAAGAAUGCACAUGGCAGUAUAUCCACUGAGGAAUCACCAGCCGAACUCAGAUCUGCUUCUUGUUGCAGAGGUGUUUUUUCCAUCGACAAUUGCAUUCAGCAUCAGCGAUGUGUUUUUGCCAAACAAACCGGCAAACUGCCUGGAGAUCCAUGUACGAACAACACGCAGAGACAUGCGGCAGUUCAUGAACUUUGUCAAGUCGAUCUCGUUUGUGAGGACACAUUCAUACGGGAGCUACUUCUAUGUGCCGAUCGGUGGGUCUUAUAUCAACGGAACAGUGUUUCUCUGGCUUGCUGUACCAAUAAUUGUCUACUUUGUAUUAGAUUGGGUAUGCAUGGAAUAUGAGGUAUCAUGCGCAAGGAUUCUGCUCGGAUCGCUUUUGUACUACAUCUCACCCGUCUUUCUGGCUCUGUUUACCCGGAGAAACGAAUCGAUGUGCUUUUGUGCAAUAUUCAUGGUGCUGAAUCCAAAGAUCGGCGUGGUGUAUGCACUUGUGUGCUAUGCCAGGAUGCUGCAUGACAUAUGCAUGCUGGGGCCUACACGUCUCAAAAGCUCCCACAUGCAUCAAAAGGCCAGGUAA